AUGAUUGAUAUUGCCUGUCUCUUUGCCGCUUGCCUCUUUGUGGUGGGCCAAUCCCUCAGUGUCACUUACAUGGUCAAGCUGCAACAAAAGCAAUUCUUUGACUAUGCCGAGUUUACCGUCCUGGAUCCGGACUACAUUCAACAGGACUGGCAGUUUCGUCGAGAGAAUCAAGCCCUCGAAAUUGCGGGUGGAUUCAUCAAUGCAUUUUCCUGGCUCUUCUUUUCCAUCCCCAUGAUCCAACUGGCCAUUGUCCUCAGCCGCGGUGGAACCCGUCUCUUGUCCACCCACAUGUUCAUUGGGGUAUUGGUCAUUUCCGGGUGUGCCAUGGAAUUCUUUGCCCGAUUCAUGCAUCUGGGAAUUAUUCAAUGGGGAAACUGGCUCUCGCUAGAGUACAAUUUGCAACAUUGGGUAUCACCCACCAGCAACGACAAUAUCGGAUGGAGGACGCUCGAAGUCAGCCAUUUGAUCAGUUUUGGAACUGUCAUUUGGAUUGACUCGUUCGAAUUCUUGUGUCUCGGAUUUGCCCUCGUCUUGGUAUACGCAUCCGUCAACAGCUUGCCCGCCGAUGGUCCUCGGAUCAGUCGAUCUUUGGCCGGAUUUGCUCUCUUUAUUGGACUCUUUAGUUUGGCCGACUUUGUCUCGGGUGUGCUUCGUCUACGCGAUUGGAGUACCUUCCGAGUCUUGACCAUGCUCAUUUCCAUCAUUAAUCGAUUGGUCCUACUCCCAAUCUUCUUGCUCUGUUUGGGAUGUCAAUUGCCGUAUGCCGUCCAUCAGCACAAGGAAGCGGUCGAAGCCGGUGCCAACACCCAGAGGUCGCGUCAUUGGGUCGAUUCCCAGAGUACUCCUUCGAAUGAUACCGGAGUGGAAUUGGUUUCGCAGCCGGGUGAAGAUUAA